AUGCCGGCGAACUUUAAGACCUACGAGGCCCAGGCACGCCUUCUGGCCGCUGUUAUCGCGGCCCAUCCUGAGCUGAGGCUCAAUCAAGGUCUCAGCUCUUCCAGUGGUCGAGUCCCAACUCAGGAUGCUGAUGAGAUUCCAGCAAUCGCGCAGCACUAUGGAAAGACGGCGACCAUGAGUGCUAUUGAGCAUCGCUUCCGCCCUGUCCGUAAGCAGGCGGAUGGCUUGCGCCUUGCUGUUACCAGGGGCGAUGAUCCGGAGGAGGUUGACAUCCACGAACCCCGCGGUAUGAAGCACCUUGAACUUGCCAAAUACUUCGGCGAAUCCACUGCGGACGGCCUGCAGUUCCAGUUUCGAGGCGUCAAACAGGCUGCCGAAGCCAUGAGAAACGCAGCGGAUAACGGCAACGACCCUGUUGAAGCUUUCAACAACGCCGGCUCAGGAGCCGCCAAAACCCCCUCAGGCCGCAAGCGCGGGCGUCAACCCGGCGGCACUCCGGCCUCAGGCAGGAGCCGCGGCGGUGGAACCCCGCCACGGGCCAGCUACGUAGAGCCGAAAACGACUACGGAUAAGGACGAGUCGGCUGCCUCCGUUGAUUACGACGCUUUGGACGAUGACUCGCCGACCGGCCACUUGGCCAAGAAGACACGCACCACUCCGAUCAAGACUGCUUUGCCUCCCAGACGCAUGUCUGGUUCUGCCGCGCCGAUCGCCCAGCCACUCUUCAAGACCGAGCCCCUCGAUUAUCUCGAUGAGACCUUUGAGGUCAGCGAUAGACUGCCUUCGCCGUCGCCCAUGCCGCUGACCACUUCUGCAGCAUCUGCUACUAUCUCUGCUACCGGCAGCAAUGCUGGUAAUGGAGAUUACUUUGGUUCUUCCAACACCAUGGCCCGCAACGACCGCGCCGCAUCCGAGUACCACACUCCCGCGCCCGAGUUCCCUCCCACUGCUCAAAGCCAGAGCCAGUCCCAGUCUCAGUCCAUCUCCUACAGCAACGGCGCCGGCAUGUCCUUCGACGGCGGAGUGUCUACCAGCUUUGCUUCUUCAACCACUAACAUCUUUGGCGGCGGCGGCAACACCUCGGUCAGUAACAACUACAACACCUCACACGGCUUCCACAGCAACAGCAACGGCGGUGGAUACUCCCAGCAGCAGUCCCAGCAAACUGCAGGCUACAUCAACAUCGUUAGUGACGACGAAGAUGAUCACUCGCAGUCGCAGGGUGCUCUUGGCGCCGCCGUUCAGCGUACAAUGGUGCCAUCUAACGGACACGGAGGACAGGGUCAUGGACAUCGAAACUUCAGCCAGCCUUCUUUUACCAUGACUAAUGCCGGCAUGGGCGGCAUGGGCGGCAUGGGUAACAUGGGAAUGGGCAUGAACCUGCCGAGCACCAUGAACGGGAACGGCGGUGACAUGGGGUCCUUCUACGUGGAUGAGGAUCAAUAUGAGAUCUAA